ACGGCCAAAAGUUGAACGUAGUUGCUGCUGCUCAGUUCAGUGUUUACUACGCUUCGAGAUAAAUCGAUUCUUUUUUUGUGCUUCGUCGCCUAGCAGCUCGUAUACAAAAAAAUUAGAGGGUUUUGAUUACAGAUCACAAUUGUUGUAAAAAAAAUCUUCCCUCGGUGGAAAACGGUUUGUGCGACAUUUUGUUAAAUAAUUGUGCGGUAGAUUGUUACCUUGCAAAGCGUUUAUGUGAAAAAAGGAAUGAAUUGAAUAUCGGCAGGACGUUCCCUGGGCAUGUUGGAAGGGAAGCAGGAAAGAGAGAAGAAAAAUUUUCAUCAGCAUCAACAAAAAAUGUUUAUUUCAAGUGAAAGUGUAAAAGAAUGAUUGCCUGCGCAUAUCAAUCCUCCGCCUGUGUGUUCGUUAGCAACGAGUAGAAGAAAAUAAAGGCACUGUGGUGUAUCAGAGUAAUAGGUGAAAGACAACGUAAUGCUGUAAAUCGUUACACUGUGGUCCCUUGCACAGCAGCUUCUACGUAGGAUAGAUUUCGUAAGGCGUCAGAAACAUCAUGUUCCUUGACAGUCCUCCUCUGAUAACCGAGAUGGACGAGGAAGAGGACAUUGCCGACAUCCGAGAGCAGAUAUUCCACAACACCGUGCGAGAGCAUAUCAUAUUCCUGCUGUUGUUUCUGCUUCUCUACCUCGGCAGUUUUGCACUGAUCGGCCGGUUCAGACGACGCGACCGGGAGGACUUAUUUUCCACGGACGACGACGAGGUUACUGUUUAUAGAAUUAGCUUAUGGCUGUGCACAUUCUCAUUGGCCGUGGCCGUGGGUGCAGCUCUGCUCCUGCCGAUAUCAAUCGCCAGCAACGAGGUUCUGAUACUCUACCCAAACAGCUACUACGUGAAGUGGCUCAACAGUUCGUUGAUUCAAGGUCUUUGGAAUCAUGUGUUUCUGUUCUCCAACCUGGCGCUGUUUGUGCUGCUACCGUUCUCCUAUCUCUUCACCGAGUCAUCUGGCUUCAUUGGCCACAAAAAGGGCGUGAUGGCACGGGUCUACGAGACGUUCACCGUAUUCUCGAUGCUCGCUUUCAUCGUCUUCGUAAUGACGUACCUCGUAUCGGCGCUCCGCGAACCCGAUCGGAAUACAUUUCAAGCGCUGUUUAAUUUAGGAAAAUAUCAUCUGCCAUUUCUGUACUCGUGCGUAUCAUUCUUGGGAGUUAUCUUAUUGUUAGUUUGCACUCCGAUGGGCUUCGUACGACUAUUUGGCGUUGUCGGGCAGGUGCUGGUGAAGCCAAACCUACUGCGGGACGUAAACGAAGAGUUUCACGCGUUCAACCUGGAAGAAGCCAGCGUGAGACGAAGGCUAGCCAACGCUAACCUCAACAUUGAACUGAGAAGUGUGACGACGAUCGAUCAAUCGCCGUCGAAACUGUGUGCCGGUCUGGAGGACAUGUAUCAACUCCGGGCGACUAACAACGGUACCGUCGCUGAAUGCACUAAACUAUUCGAAAGACUGAGAGAGCUUGAGGCUGAUAGAAAAUCAUUAGAUAAGCAACGCAGUUCGUCCGCGUUACAGAGAAAUCUAGUUUAUCCGCUGGCAAUGUUGUUAUUGCUGCUGCUAACGGGAGUCACCGUUCUGCUGGUUGUGCAAAACACACUCGAGCUUCUGAUUGGAAUUAAGGCGGUUCCCUUAAGUACAAGGCAAUUCACCUUGGGAAUUACAUCCCUGUCGAAACUGGGACCACUGGGAGCCGCUCUGGAAGUAUGCGUGAUCAUGUAUCUGGGCGUGACCUCAGCCGUGGGUCUGUACACGAUGCCAUUCAUGCGCAACGUUCGUCCGGUGCGACGGAAAACUUCACUCUCCCAAGUGAUCGCGAAUUGUGCGCUGGUCCUGAUACUGAGUUCUGCCUUGCCACUGUUGUCGCGCAUUCUAGGCAUUACGAACUUCGAUCUCCUCGGGGACUUUGGCCAAAUCGAGUGGCUGGGCAACUUCAUGAUCGUGUUGCUGUACAACGUGAUAUUUGGUACGGCAGCGACGCUCUGUCUGGUGAACAAAUUCACCGCAACCGUGCGGCGGGAGCUCUGCGCGCGAUUGAAGGCCCUGUUCGACUACAGCAGCCAUCUGGAAUCCAAUAUGUAUCACAAUACCCAGUCUCACUCAAGCCAAACCAACCAGCAUCAGCAUCUGGAAUCGCACAACACCGAAAACGCAGAAACUAGCGAUGCGCAUAUUACCCACAGAUUAAAUCAUGCCGUCGAGACUGAAACAAAUGGGAAUGCCGUCACAAAACCUGGCGUUCUUGCCACAUCGAACGGAACGGAGAGCAAAAAAAUGCUCUGAACACAAAUUUUACAAAUGACUGACUCAACUGUAACCUAUUUUAAUCAGUUUAGUGACACUGUGUGAUAUUAGCAUUUCUAUUUGUGAGUUGCUGCAUAAAAGGAUUCAAACUCGAGAAACACAUGGAACGCGUUUAUAAAUUUGACGAGAAUGUGUUACAAAACAUCAGUAUUGCAGAGAAGAGUGACAUUGAAUUCAAAUAAAUCCGAACAUCGCAUGAGCAGCGCAACAAGUGUU